UCUGCCUCUGAUCCCUCCUACCUCUCCUGGAUUCCACCAACCCGUGUCCACUGUCCACCCACCGGUCACCACCUCGCCGGCCCGCCCCUCUCCGUGCCGUCCUCAGCAUUCGCCCGCUCCACCUUGCGUGCCUGCCUCUACUACCUGCUGACACGCCGCCGGCGGGUCGUCCUCGCCCGACGCCACGGGGCUACCCCGGGAACCAGGAUCGUCUGCCGCUGUCUGCUCGCCCCUUCCUGCUCCUCCAGCUCCAUCGGAGAUCCGUCCUGGCGUUUCCUCCCGUUUCAGCACCUAUUGAUGGAUUAGAGAUGUAAGACUGCUUCAACUAUUUGGUUUGAAGAAAACAAGUUCAGAUGGGCUCCAUUCUAAGUGCGGCAAAUACUACGGCUAAGUCUAUGGAUCAUCAUGAGACAUCUGGGACAUAUCCUAAUAAGAGGGUGAAGGUAUCUACUUAUGAGUAUGGGUCAAACCCAAGGAUUAUCCCGACUCUUCCUGAUGAGAUCUCACUCCAGAUUCUGGCAAGGUUACCACGGAUUCAUUACCUUAACUUGAAGAUGGUUUCUCAAGCUUGGAAGGCAGCAAUCAUUGGUUCUGAACUUUCCCAGCUGAGGAAAGAGCUUGGCGUAAGUGAAGAAUGGUUGUAUGUACUGACAAAGGUUGAGGCAAACAAACUCCAUUGGUAUGCCCUCGAUCCAGUGUUUCAGAAAUGGCAGAGGUUGCCACCGAUGCCUUCUUUCGUCAAUGAGGAGGAAUCCAAUAGGACGGCAUCUUCUGGGUUCCGGAUGUGGAAUGUUGUGGGAUCAAGCAUUAAGAUUGCUGAUUUCGUGAGGGGCUUGUUUUGGCGCAGGAACAGUUUGGACCAGAUGCCCUUUUGUGGUUGUUCAGUGGGUGUUGCUGAUGGUUACUUGUAUGUCAUUGGGGGGUUUUCCAAAGCUGUUGCCCUGAAUUGCGUUUGGAGAUACGACCCUUUUCUCAAUUUGUGGCAGGAAGUGAGCCCAAUGAUCACUGGGCGGGCUUUCUGCAAGGCAACAUUUUUGAAUGGCAAGUUAUAUGUGGUUGGUGGAGUCAGUAGGGGUCGGAAUGGCCUGCUUCCUCUGCGUUCAGCUGAGGCGUUUGAUCCCAAAACUGGACUGUGGAGUGAGCUACCAGAAAUGCCUUUCGCAAAAGCGCAGGUACUCCCCACAGCCUUCUUGGUCGAUGUGCUGAAGCCUAUCGCCACAGGGAUGGCACCCUACAACGGGAAGCUGUAUGUUCCUCAGAGCUUGUACUCAUGGCCGUUCUUUUUUGACAUUGGAGGUGAGAUCUAUGACCCAGACCUGAAUGCUUGGUCAACGAUGCCUGAUGGUCUCGGCGACGGAUGGCCAGCAAGACAGGCAGGCACGAAAUUGGGUAUUGUGAUCGAUGACAAACUUUACACCCUGGAGCCUUCCGGCUCUUUGGACAGUGGUCAGAUAAAAAGAUACAACUCCGAAGAGGACACAUGGGUAACUAUCUUGCCACAAGUCCCGGUUAAUGACUUCACUGAUGCAGAGGCCCCUUAUUUACUCGCCGGUCUCCAUGGAAGGCUCCAUGUUAUAACAAAGGCGGCAAACAACACUCUUCAAGUUAUGCAGGCUGUAGUACAGAAUAACUCGGAUAACGCGGUAUCUGGAGAAAAUGUGGUAUGGACCACUGUGGCUUCUAGGAACUUUGGGACGGCUGAGCUUGUCAGCUGCCAGGUUCUAGAUGUUUAAAAUGUGGGUCACAAGUUACACUUUGUAGAGCAUAUAGUAUAUCAUAGACCAUCGUUUUAACCAACAAAUAUAUAGUUUUUUUUCCCUUUUGUCUGUGUGUGUGUGGAGCAAGCGUUUAAUUUGAUGUGGAGAGAGAUCAAUUACAGAUAUGUGUAACUGUAUAAGUUAACUCAGUUGCUGGGAGUCUGGGACACAGUGUGUAUAGACAUACAUCGACAUGUUAAUGUACAGUGAUCAAUUUUAGUUUCAUUUUAACAUGUUUCUGA